UCUCGAAUAACUGACGCAGGCUUUGAGUCUGGCUGUUUGCAGUCGUCUGACUGAAUUGGGAUUGCAACAGAUUCACAGGGGAGUCAGCAGAUCACGUCUCAGAGACGAUUUCGGUUUGAAAAUCAUAUCAGAUGAUGUGGACGAAAUAGUUACGGCCAUGUAAAAUGGAGGAUAGUUUUGAUUGCGACUGUGGUGAGCUUGAGCCACCUGAUCACUGAGGGGAAUACAAUUCAGUGAAUGACGGAAUUUGGAUCAGGCAGUUAAAAAAGAAAAGAAACUGAGAACACGUGUAUGUAUUUGUAUAUGUGUAUAUACACACAUAUAAAUAUAACAUGUUUUAUGGUUUUAUGUACAUUUGUAUGCAGCUGCUCAGGAACAGUCACACACUGAAUGUAUUAGCACUGUGAAGAUGCAACUAGAUACUUUUGUAGUUUCUCAUGAGUUCAAAACGUAUUCAUUGACCUCAAUUUCCAUUCCAUUUGAUUUUUAAUAACUUUAUUUUCAGUUCAAUCAACAUAUGUAAAAAACUAUUAUAUUACAUUUCUAUGUUUGUAUUUAUUUUAUUUUUUUUACCAAAAUGUGAUUACAGAUUAGGGCAUUGAAUCAGACAGUGAGGGAUAGAUGGGGGAAUACAGUAAUCUUUCAAGUAAGCUAAAAUUUACAUCCUGAAGUUGGGAAACUGGUUGCUUUAUUGAAAGCCUAAAUAGCAUAGAGAACAGCCAGGCGACUGCAACAACAACAAAUUAAUCAAGAUGGCAGAGAAGUUUGAGUCUCUGAUGAACAUCCAUGGUUUUGACCUGGGCCCCCGCUACAUGGACCUGAAGCCUCUGGGCUAUGGAGGGAAUGGGCUAGUGUUCUCAGCGGUGGACAUGGACUGUGACAAACGUGUAGCUGUCAAAAAGAUUGUCCUCACUGACCCCCAGAGUGUGAAACAUGCUCUCAGAGAGAUCAAGAUCAUCAGGCGCCUUGACCAUGACAACAUUGUCAAAGUGUUUGAGACACUGGGCCCCAGCGGUCGCAGACUAACUGAGGACUUAGUCUCUUUGACCGAGGUAAACUCUGUCUACAUUGUACAGGAGUACAUGGAGACAGACUUAUGCCAGCUCCUGGAGAGGGGGCUCCUUUCUGAGGGCCAUGCCAGGCUCUUCAUGUACCAACUCCUCAGGGGCCUCAAGUACAUACAUUCUGCCAACGUGCUGCACAGAGACCUGAAGCCUUCCAACCUGUUUGUCAACACUGAGGACUUGGUGCUUAAGAUAGGGGACUUUGGGCUGGCACGGAUCAUGGACCCACACUACUCACACAAGGGACAUCUCUCAGAGGGUCUGGUAACAAAGUGGUACAGGUCUCCUCGUCUGCUGCUGUCUCCUAAUAACUAUACCAAAGCCAUUGACAUGUGGGCUGCUGGAUGCAUCUUUGCUGAGAUGCUUACUGGAAAAACUCUCUUUGCAGGCGCCCAUGAGUUGGAACAGAUGCAGCUGAUCUUAGAAUCUAUCCCUGUACUGAGGGAGGAGGACAGACAGGAACUGCACAGCGUCAUCCCCGUCUUUAUCCGCAGUGACAUGACGCAGCCACACACUCCACUGGCCAAGAUACUACCUGGUGCCAGCUCCCAGGCCCUAGACUUCCUGGAGAAGAUCCUGACUUUUAACCCCAUGGACCGUUUGACAGCAGAGGAGGCCCUUGCCCACCCCUACAUGGCUGACUACUCUUUCCCCCUGGACGAGCCUGUGUCUCUGCAUCCUUUCCACAUUGAGGAUGAGGUGGACGACAUUUUGCUAAUGGAUCAGAGCCACAGCCACACCUGGGACAGGUAUCAUGACAGCCAACUGUCUGAUGUUGAUUGGCACCUUCACAGCUUUCAUGAUCCAGAAGACGUCCAGGUUGACCCACGGGCACUCUCAGACGUCACAGAUGAAGAGGAGGUCCAGGUUGACCCUCGUAAAUAUGCAGAUGGAGAUCGGGAGAAAUUCCUGGAUGAGCCAUCCUUUGACUACUCCUCCAUGUUCCCCCCGGAGCACUCGUGGCAGGAGGAGCACCAUGAGAAUAAGUAUUGUGACCUAGAGUGUAGCCAUACCUGCAACUUCAAGGCUGUGUCUCCCUCCUACUUGGACAACCUCAUCUGGAGGGACAGUGAGGUCAACCACUACUACGAACCCAAGCUCAUCAUUGACCUAUCCAACUGGAAGGAACAGCAGAGCAAGGAGAAGGCCGACAGGAAGGCCAAGAGCAAGUGUGAGAAGAAUGGAUUGGUUAAGGCUCAGAUAGCCCUCCAGGCUGAGAAGACACAGAGCCCUGUGGAGAAGGAUAAGGAACAAGAGAAGAACCAGACCCAGGCCCAAAGCCAGCAAAACCAAGGUUUUGACUUUGACUCCUUCAUUGCCGGCACCAUCAAACUAAGCUUGCAGUCAGAGCCCUUCCAGGAGGUGGUGCAUUUAACUGAUGUGGGUGUCCUGAAUGAGGUUGGCCUCCUGAAUGAGCUCAACUCAUCCGUUUCCCAGCUGGAAGCUCUGCGUCCAGGCUCAAUGUCCAAGUCCAUCAGCCAGGAAAAGGAGGAAAAGUGCCUGGUAAAUCUUGCCCAACUUGAGGGAGGAGGUGGGGGCAGCGGAGCUAGUGGGAGUCCAGCUCAUCCCUGGGAGAGCUUUUGUGGGGGAGAGAAAGCAGAGGAGAGUGGUUUGAUAGAUGAGGUGUGCUGCGAUGUUCGUAAAGAGGAGCAGCACCAAAUGGAGAGCACUUACACCAGCUACUUGGACCAUCUAUUCAGCCGAAAGGAGGAAGGAGUGGGAGAGACCACAGAGACCCCAGAACCAGGGGACAGGGAGAGGGAUGCAGAUGCUGGACUCCUGGCGAGGAAUGGAGAGAUCAUGUUCAAUAUGCAGCUUAACUCUCUGGCCCUGCCAUGCUUCGACAGCCCGGGCGACUUGCCUCUGAAAUCGAUGCAAGCAUCCCUCGCCCCCUCUUCUGUCAAGUGCUCCCCACAGAUUGCCCCUCACAAAACCUACAGCAGCAUCUUCAAGCAUCUGAAUUAAACAAAGCCCUCGCAGUGCAAGAUCUAAGACAGUCCUUUUGCUUUUAUUUUGUUUAAAUAUUUGUUAUCUGACUUGAAACAUGUCAUACCUUUUUAUGUUUGGCUACUUUUAAGAAUCUUUUUAUUAUUAUUAUUUAAAAUGUUUGAAUUGUAAUGGUUUAUCACUAUGCCUACGAGUUUGUCCACACCCUCAUUGCUAAACUGGCAUAACCUUUGCACAAUGAAUACUGUAGACUUAAGAAGAGAGGAAAACAGAGGGAGGUGAAUGAAUGGAAGAAUUGGUGGGCUUGGAUAUGGGAUUCUAGGCUAGACUUGGCUAGCAGAGAGACAGGUAGAGGGGGAUUGUUUUCUCCAGGAGAGUGGGAAACAUGGUCAUUGACGUCAUCACUGUAGGGUGCUAUUAGACCGAUGGCCUUUACGGGAGGGAUGCAGGCAAGGGGGUUUGAAUUUAUUUAGAUUUAAGAAUUAUUUCUAUUUCAUUUUUAUUAUCAUGUAAUUAAUUAAUUUAUAUACCCACCACCCAAUAAAAGGCUUCCUUAAAUACCAAUUAAUUUUGACACAUAAUGCCAGCAGCAACCAUUCAAUGUAGACCUUUGUAAAUGUGUUAUCUACCUCAAGGUAACAGCCGCGAGAGACACUCAAAGCCGCACUAGUGCUUUAUAUACAUGACCAUCCUCAUACCAUGCAGUGACAAAAUGACCUACUCAUCUGUUUUGCAUAAACCACAGAGAAGUGUUUCAAUCAUCAUUAUUUAUUUCUACCAGAUGUGUGAUAUUUAUUUUCAUGAGACAUAUUUCAUUGUAACUAUUUUUGAUCGAGGCAUUGGAUGGACUCAUUUCAGCACUGAUUGGUUUGUUUGUUCAUAAAUUAACAGAAUACAUUCAUACACUUUUGUUUCCUUGUAUGUCCUUUAGAAUAUCAUAAAUGUUCAUAGGUACGCUCUGUUGAAUUUUUUAGAGGGAAAAAAACUGCUUUACAGAUCAAGCACCUACAAGUCUUAUUUUUCUUUUAUUAGUUUAUAUGUAUAGUUUAAAUUGUGUGCAUGGUCGCAACAGAUGAUAAAAUGGUUAAUGGUGAAGUAUAUUAUACGUUGUUUUUUAUUAAAUGUGUGUAUACCUUUUUCCAAGCAAGCAUGAUGCAUUAGUUAAAAGUGUAGCAUGUAGACCACUUAUGGACAUUUGUUUGCCUUUAAAUGCUGGUUGUGCAUUUUUUGUAAUCAGUUCCCUUGUUCUACAAAAUAUAUAAAAAUAAAGUUACCAGCAAAGAUG